UUGACAGCACCCUCAAAAUGGCAGAAAGAUGAGCCCGGAGCCGAGUCCAAACCAAGGUUCUGUUCGGCUCUUUAACACCCGGCGAGCCCGUUUUUCCCGCACGCGAGGGGUUAUGGGGUUGGCGUCCCGCGCGGCAGCACACAGCCUGUGAAAUGGAUAUAAGCACGGCGGUUUUCAACGCGGCCAGAGAUGGUAAGCUGAAACUUAUCCAGAAGUUGUUGAGCAACAAAACUCCCGAGGAGCUGGAGGCUCUGGCGGAGGAAAAAACCCAGGGAGGCACCGCUCUGCUGAUCGCCUCGCGACACGGACACUUGGAGGUCGUAGAUUACCUCGUGGAGCACUGUAAAGCAAAUGUUGAGCUCGGAGGCUCGGUCAACUUUGACGGCGAGACCAUCGAGGGGGCUCCGCCGCUGUGGGCGGCCUCGGCGGCGGGUCACCUCCCGGUGGUGAAGUCGCUGCUGAAGCACGGCGCCUCCGUGAACAACGCCACGUUGACCAACUCCACGCCGCUGCGAGCCGCCUGCUUCGACGGCCACCUGGAGAUCGUCCGCUACCUGGUGGAGCACAGAGCUGACAUGGAGGUGGCUAACCGCCACGGCCACACCUGCCUCAUGAUCUCCUGCUACAAAGGCCACAAGGAGAUCGCCAAGUUCCUCCUGGACCGUGGUGCAGACGUGAACCGUAAAAGUGUGAAAGGAAACACGGCGCUUCACGACUGCGCCGAGUCUGGGAGCCUGGACAUCAUGAAGAUGCUGCUGAAGUGCAAUGCCCGCAUGGAGAGGGAUGGGUACGGGAUGACCCCUCUUCUGGCUGCAAGUGUAACGGGUCACACGAACAUCGUGGAGUACCUCUCCCACCAGCCUCGCACCUCCAGAGAGGAGCGCAUCGAUGCACUGGAGCUGCUGGGGGCCACUUUUGUGGACAAGAAGCGUGACCUGUUGGGAGCAAUGAAGUACUGGAGAAGAGCGAUGGAGCUAAGGCAGACGGGCGACAAAACUGGAUCCCUGGCCAAGCCCCCACCUGGUCCCCCGAUUCCUGCCUACGGCUGUGCACAGGAGGUGAACACCGCUGAAGAGCUCGAAGCCUUGAUCACAGACCCAGAUGAAAUGAGGAUGCAGGCUUUAUUGGUCCGUGAGCGCAUUCUUGGGCCAUCCCACCCGGACACUUCUUACUACAUCCGAUACCGGGGGGCUGUGUAUGCUGACUCGGGCAACUUCGAACGCUGUAUCAGUCUGUGGAAAUAUGCUUUAGAAAUGCAGCAAAGCAAUUUGGACCCUUUGAGUCCCAUGACAGCUUCCAGUUUCCUGUCCUUUGCAGAGCUCUUUUCUUUCGUACUUCAGGACAGGGCCAAAGGCACCCUGUCGACUCACAUCACUUUCCAGGAUCUGAUGAUCGUGCUGGGGAAGAGUGUGAGGGAGGUAGAGCGAGCGGUGGCACAAAGGGACAACCCUCCUGAAGUCCCUCAGUUCACCAAGGCGCUCUCCAUCAUCCUCCACCUCAUCUUUUUGCUGGAAAAGCUCGAGUGCAGCACCGAGCAGGAGCACCAGAAGAAGCACACGGUGUACCGGCUGCUCAAGCUCAACCCCCGAGGCCGCAGCGGCUUCACUCCCCUCCACAUGGCCGUGGACAAAGAAACCACGUCUGUUGGCCGCUACCCCGUAGGCCGCUUCCCCUCGCAGGCGGUGGCGACGCUGCUCCUUGAGUGCGGCGCCGACGUGGAUUCGCGCGACUGCGAAAACAACACGCCGCUGCACGUCGCUGCUCACAACGGUUGCGCGGAGAUCAUGGCUCUGCUGAUAAAGGAGGGGGCUCACUUUGACGCGACCAACGCUCAGAGGAAGACGGCCUACGAGCUGUACGAUGAGCACAGCAGCGGACACCCGACGCUCUACCCGCUGAACUACAUCACCCUUCAGUGCCUGGCAGCCCGUGCCGUGGAAAAGCACAGGUUGCCGUACAGGGGACUGAUCUCCGAGGAGAUGGAGGCCUUCAUUGAACUCCACUGAGAGACGCCAUCAUUUUUCCACCUGUUCAUCCCUGCUCUUUUACAAAUGUCCGAACCGUUCGCAUCUUCUUUUCUCUCCAUCCUGGCUAAACAUUGUCUCCAGACCAAACCAUAGCAAUAAACCAGUUACUAAUUUAAAAUCACACGGACUUUUAAAUUGAUUAUCGUUUUCUACUACUGUUUAAAUACCGGGUGAAAAUUCCACCAAAUAAUUUUAAGAAAGCAGUAUAAGUGGGAUUUAUGUGGGAUUUCUGCUGGAAUAUUAUAAGAUGGGUGUUAGUAUUAAUAAGAAGCAUUUCUUCAACGUGUCCAGAUGAAAUGCAUGAAAAUGACGUGUGGUAGUUCGAUUAUUGGUUUGCAAACCCAUUCAAAAAACUAAACUGUUUUUUUUUUUUUCACUUGUUCACAUCUGCUGUGUCUCUUUAAUAAGGGUUGGGAUUACUGUGCCAAAACCUCACCAAUACACGAAGGUUAGCGCAUUCAAAUGUCUGUACCGGAGGAGGCGCAACUCUAUUUUCUUAAUUAUUCAGACUGUGAUUCUCUAUGCCAGCCUGCAGAACAAAUACUUGAAAGACUUGGAGAUGAGUGGAAUAAAUUGGAACUAUUUAAAA